AUGAUAGAACCAUUUAAAUUCGUGGAACGGGAGCAAAAUGCUUUUGUUAACAGGCAAUGCACCUUCCGAAAUUGUUUCAUAACGGAAAAUCCAAACUACUUCAAUGACAUCUUGGCGUUCGAUAUCAUAAUGUUUGAUAGCUUGACGUUGGACGAAGACACAGAGUUACCUUCUGAACGAUCGCCAUAUCAAAAGUAUGUUUUUUCAGCAUGGGAACCAGCUGCUUUUCAUUUGCUUCACGAACGAUAUAAUGGAUAUUUUAAUUUAACUUGGACUUAUAAACUCGACUCAGAUAUUCCGUUACCAUACGUGAUAAUAAAAGACCAAUUUAAUGAAGUAAUAGGGCCCAAAAUGGAUAUGCACUGGUUAGAUUUAUCGCAGAUGAAUGAAACAAGUACGUACAUUAGAAAUAAACUGCAGAAGAAACAUAUUGCUGCAGCAUGUUUUGUGUCCAAUUGUGAACCAACUGAUCGUAUGGACUUCAUCUACGAAUUAAAAAAAGAAUUAAACAAAUAUGGACAUCGUUUAGAUGUGUAUGGAGUUUGCGGUGAUCUCUAUUGUCCAGGCCGUUACAAAGAAAUGGAAGAAUGUUUUGCUCGGAUAGAGUCAGAUUAUUACUUUUAUUUAGCGUUUGAAAAUUCGUUUUGUGCAGACUAUGUCUCUGAAAAAUUGUUGCAUGCCUUAGAGCACUUUGCGGUGCCUGUUGUUCUUGGAGGCGCAAACUACAGCAGGUAA